AUGAAAGAUUAUCGAAUUCAUAAACAAGUUAUUUUGUUAAAGUCAUAUCUGAAUUCCUUAUUUUUAAACUUCAAAUGUGUAUAUAUAUUUAAGACUUUUCUUAUCACUAUAUGAAAACUACUCAAUGAAAACUUUAUAGUGACAAAUAAAACAUGCAAUAAAGAAUCCAGCUAUUAUAAAAUUAUAGUCAUGCUUGAUUAA